AAGUUAUUAUAAUCAAUUUAAUUUGAUUGUUUAGUAGAUCUAGAUUUUAAAAUAAAAUUUACAAUUGUAAAAAGUACAUUAAAAAAAAACUGCUUCGAUCGGUUCGGGCCGGUUCAUUGCUUGUAGUGGUCUAAUUAAUGGACUGGAUUGGAGUUCACCAAAAUAAGGUAGGAAGAAUAUCUAAUGUAAGCUUUGCCUAAAGGGAAAGCAAUGGUGAUGGCCCAACAGGUGGGAUUCAUCUCAUUCUCCUCCCCCAUCUCUUCUGCACUUCAUAAUCCUCGUUCCAGAUUCUCCUCUUUCCAGCAACAAAGGCCCUGUCUUGCCGUUGCCGCAAUGAGCAAUGAUCCUAUUCGUGAGUGGAUCGUCACAGAAGGAAAUGCUACAAAGAUUAAAGGAAUCAGGUCAAUUGGUGGCGGGUGCAUUAAUAAUGCUAGCUGCUAUGACACUGAUGCUGGCCCUUUCUUUGUGAAAACAAACAGGAGCAUGGGACCUUCAAUGUUUGAAGGAGAGGCUGUGGGUUUAACUGCCAUGUUUGAAACCAGCUCAAUCCGGGUCCCUAAACCAUAUAAGGUUGGAUCUCUACCAACAGGUGGCUCAUACAUCAUAAUGGAAUUUAUUGAGUUUGGUGCGUAUAAGCGUGAUCAGUCUGCAUUAGGAAGGAAGCUAGCUGAAAUGCAUAAAUCAGCCAAGUCCAAUAUGGGGUUUGGUUUUCAUGUUGAUAAUACUAUUGGAAGUACUCCGCAGAUAAACACAUGGACACAAGAUUGGGUAGACUUUUAUGCAGAGCAUAGAAUUGGUUUCCAGUUACGGUUGGCACUUGACCGGUAUGGAGAUUCAAGCAUUUACAAGGAAGGACAAAAGCUGGUAAAGAAUCUAAGGCUUCUGUUUCAGAAUGUUGUGAUGGAGCCAUGCUUGCUUCAUGGAGAUUUAUGGAGUGGGAAUAUCACUUAUGACAAGAAUGGGGAACCAGUGAUUCUUGACCCAGCAUGUUAUUAUGGACAUAACGAGGCAGAGUUUGGAAUGUCAUGGUGUGCUGGUUUUGGGCCCGCGUUUUACAACGCCUACUUUGAGGUCAUGCCAAAACAGCCAGGUUUUGAGGACAGGAGGGAUCUUUAUAUGUUGUAUCAUUACUUGAAUCACUAUAACAUGUUUGGUUCUGGCUACCGGUCAUCCGCCUUGUCCAUAAUAGAUAAAUAUCUCCGGAUGCUAAACUUAUAGUCUGUCAACAAAGUGUCUUGUCUCUAGUAUAUCAUACAGAGUAUAUAUGUCACUUUUUGUAAUGUUAAAUCUCAAUGCAAUGCUAUGGUGUACUGU